UAAAAACUCUAAGAUUUAAAUGUCGGGACCAGAUUCCAUCCCCUUCCGUACCUACAACAUUUUGUCACACACACACAUAUAUAUAUAUAGAGAGAGAGCCAUAUAAUACAAAUCACUUCACAACUCAAAUUUGACAAGAUUUUAGGUAGACUAAAUUUGAAAGGAAAAAGGUAAAUAAAAGUUGAUAAUAUCAUGGCAGAAGAGUUGAUAAGCUGGUGGAAUUCGCCGCGGAAUCUCUUCAGUUCGUCUCCAUGCUCGUUGGCUUCCAACGACAUAGGGAGCUUAGGCUGGCCAACCGAGACCAGAAGUGUACGUUCAAGCGAUGAAUCCAACGGAAGCAGCUCCCUUCUUAUACAAGAUGUUCACCACCACCAGCCCAAAUUGGAUGCCUGGAAUCAACCUUUACUCGGAAGAUCAGAGGACAAUUAUUCCAACUUCCUGGUGGAUUCAAGCAUGAAUUAUAGGGCUCAAAUGAAUUUUAGUGAAGAAGAUUCAUCGAUGAAGCAAACUUCAGAUUCAUCCUUGUUGCAGACUCUGUUCGAUACGGAUAAUUCUCAACCCUAUCCAUCUUUAUUAGAUGAUCAGAUUCAGAUGAACUCAAACGGAUUCAUGGCUAUUGAUCCAUCAGCGUUGAGUAAUGUUCGUCCGCCUGCGUCGCACUUCUUUCCAUCGCCUCACAACCACACCAUCACUGCCAAGGUAACACACAUACACAAAACGUUUCAUGAACAAGCCACAUUUAAACGUCCUCGAAUCGAAACUCCAUCCCCGUUGCCAACCUUCAAGGUCCGAAAAGAAAAACUUGGGGACAGAAUCACCGCCCUACAGCAGUUGGUUUCACCUUUCGGAAAGACUGACACUGCAUCCGUGCUCCACGAAGCUAUCGAGUACAUCAAGUUUCUCCAUGAUCAAGUCAAUUCAUUAAGCACGCCAUACUUGAAAUAUGGAUCUCCAUCGGUGCAGGCAGGAGAGAAAGCCAAGGAUGAAGAAGGGGUAACAAAGGUCCUCAAAACUCAAGGGCUGUGCCUCGUCCCUAUAUCGAGCACCUUCCCCGUUGCAGCCGAGGCCACGUCAGAUUUCUGGACACCUACUUUCACCGGAAGCUUCAGAUAGACAUCGUGUAAUUUACACACACAACAAAAAAAGGGACUAACAAUAAUGUGAGAUAUGGAUGCGACAAGAAUGGAGGCCGCAUGUAUUGAAGAAAAGCAAGAGAAAAGGGAAAGUGAAAAAAACGAGUGAUUGUUGAAGGAAGACAGCGCAUGGAGGGCCACAUCUUGGACAGCAAAUAUGAAAGCAUAGUAGAACUAAUUGAUGUAGCAUUUCAUAAAAUUGUAAUCAUCAAGAGGAUGUUAAGGAUAAAGGGACUGGAACUGAUGCUAAAUUUAGCUUUACUCUACUUUAGGAGAUGUGCAUUAUCGGUUUGAGCUGUAUUUAGGAGCUUCAUUAAUUGUUAAUUAAAGGUUCUCCUCAUCUUGUUUCUUUGUUUUA